ACUUCGAUUCGAAGGUUUCUGUUUAUGUACAUUUCUUAGUUGAAAAUAAUAAAAUUUAAAAAAGAUAUUUCCACUUGUAAGAUUUGUCACUUAGUACCUAUAUUAUUUAUUAAAGAAUCAAAAUGAAAAAUGCCGUUCUAUUGAAAGAAUCAAAUGAUUCUAUUAGGCAACCUUCUUUUACCUGUGAUCUUUGUGGAAUUAAAAUGAAAAUGAAAGAAAGUUUGGAAAGUCACUUUAACAAAUUACACAUACUCAAGUUUAUAUGUAAAGGAUGCUGCAAAGCAUAUAGCUGUAAAGCAAGCCUUCUUAAACAUCUUAAAACUCAUUUUGAAAAGUAUGUUUGUCAUUAUUGUGGAGCCGAAAUAUCAACAUAUGAAAAUUUUCAACGACAUGUUUACCUGAAACAUGAGCCUGACAACACACAACUUAUAUUAUCUACACAACCUAGGUCAAACUAUCAUUGCCGAUUUUGUAUCAGGAUUUUUCCAACUGCUGUACAUCGUAAUUCUCACGAAAGAAUGAUCCACAAAAAACGCAGUAGUCCAGCAUUUGUAUGUCAAUCAUGUAAUUUAAUAUUUUUAACUAAGGAAGAACUUAGAAGUCAUUCUUUCCAACAUUACUCGGGAAUGUUGUAUGUUUGUCCCAUUGAAGCUUGUGAUAAAUUCUUCAAAACAUCAAGACAAUUACGAAAUCAUACAAUGAUUCAUAAUUCACCGAAGUUUACUUGUAACAACUGCAAUCGUAAAUUUCAUCAAAGUUCAAACUAUUCAAAACACAAAAAGAGAUGUGUGAAACAUUCAAUGCUUUCAAAAUCAAAAGAUGAUCUUGACAACAUCAGUAGCAAAGCGAAGAUGCAAUAUGCAGAACUAUGUACAAAUAAACUUAAGCAUAGUAAAAAAGAAAAAACAAUCCCUAAGAAAAAUAUUGAAAUUCACAGUUUUAAAUUGAAACCACAUACAAAUAAAAAAUCCGCAUCAUCAAAGAUUGAAAUUAUCGCACCGCCAAAACGAGUUGAAGAAUUUGUUGAAAUGAAUGUCCAAAAAAAUUUUCAACACACAGUUUUU